GCCUGACAGAUAAUGUCAAUCACUGACGCACGUCAUUGGACUUUUAUCGAAAUAUCGCGAGAAAACAGAAUCCUCCUCGUAUUUCUAUCUGCAAACUAUCAUGCUAAAACUAUGAUACAUUCAUAACACAAAGCAUUCCUUUAGACUUAUUCUAUUCUGUGUUGGUGAACUAUAGUUUGUGUGUUCUGAAUGAUGGCAAAUAAUCGUAUACCUUCUGGGCCGAAUACGCCUGGGAGUCAGCAGACUCCUACACAGCAAGGAAUCAAGAUAUUUAUACAGAGGGAUUAUUCUGAGGGCACUGCAGUGAAGUUCCAGACUCGUUUCCCGCCAGAACUGGAGGAUCGAAUAGAUCGCCAAACCUUCGAGUACACAAUGGAACGGCUGAAUGAACACUUCGAAAUGGCAGAGACAGCAGACUGCAGUACGUACUGCGAAGGCUGCCUGGCCUGCCUCACCGCCUACUUCAUAUAUAUCUGCACUGAGACACACUAUGAGAAGCACCUAAGGAAAGUAUCAAAAUUCAUAGCGACACAAAACGAAAGGGUUUACAAUCCACGCGGCAUCCACAUCACAGACCCCAUCCUUAGGGGAUUACGGGUCAUAGAGAUUACUGUCAUCGACGUACCGAACUGUCAAAGUCCGACUGGCAACUCGAACAACCAAAUGAGGCAUACAUGACCACCACAGGAAAAUAGGGAGUUCUUCAUGUAACCAACAAGACUCUUCUUGAUGUAAGGAUUUGGCUCUUAUACGGGAAAAUAAGGUUUGUUUUUCUGACACCACACAAACGUCAAAACAAUGUUUGACAGCUGUCAUUAAUUGUGACGUUUAAUUUUAGGAUGGUAUUUUUGACAGCUGGUUGUUUUGAUGAUGUGAUACCUGUUCUACCAUUACUUACCAUUCUACCAUCUAUUUAGUUUGAUCGAUGAGGUUCCUAUUAUGUGGUUUCAUUUUUUGUCAUUUGUGUGUUUUGAUGGUCUCAGUACCUAACAUAUGCUACUACUCAAUGUAAAGUCUCAGAUUAUAUUCCAGAGUUGGAUAGUAGAUUUGGGAGUAUGUUCAAUGUCUCCAAAAUCUCUAUCUUUCUGAGUAUUCAACACAUCAAUACAUAUGUUGACAAUUCAAUCUACAAUAGUUAUCAAAAAGUUAACAAGUGUGAAAUUAAAUGGAAUUACAUAAAGGGAAAUAAAACGCUGUUAUCUGAUUGAGAUGAUAACUGAUAUUAUUUGGUUGACUCAUAUUCUAGAUAGCCAACAUUACGUGUAAUAUUGUUCUUUUUGACGUAUCUGUCAGAUUGCGUUAUCUAUGUAGGUGUAAACGGGAAUUUUACGUUAAUUUUUUUCAUAUAAAAAACCGAGGAAAAAUUAUGAGAGCUGAAUCCGUAUGUCAUCGAGAUGUGAUUUUCUACAAAAUAUUUAUAAAUAAAUAUAGACUCUUUUUCAAUAUCUUUAAAGUCAUAGAUUAUUGUAUAAAAAUGUAGAUAGGACCACCGUGUGGUUUUGUAAUGAACGUAAUUUUUAUACCUAGCUGGAUUGUUUGAAGUCUAGGUCACUUGGGAAGAAUUAAAAAGUAAUGUUGACAGUUAAAAAAGCAAUAAUGUACAAGUAUGUUUUAUACAAAUGUCUACAAUUACGUGUGAUACCAUCAUCCAUUUUGUUGUAUAACAUUUUUAUGGACACCCUGUAGAUGGUUUGUUAUACAGAGUGUGUAUAAAAUAUCUAUUAUCUUAUUUUACAUUUUAAAUAAUUUCAUUAAUGACAUUUUUAUGGACACCCUGUAAAUGGUUUGUUAUACAGAGUGUGUAUAAAAUGCCUAUUAUUAUUUUCUUCAUUAUAAAUAGUAUUUUCAUAGAGUUUGUACAUUGUAGAUUUGUUUUCUCUCAUCUUAAUAUAAAAACCAUUACUUUUUAUCCCCUUCCUCGAGUAGGCCUCACCAAUUAAUUAAGUACACAUCAAGACUAAAAAAUUGACUCAAUUUUGAUCGAAUGACUGAUUUUAUUUAAUUUCUUUCGUUAGCAUGACAGAACUCCUUUUGCCAAAUUGUUCUUCCAAGUGGAGAAUGUUCGAGAAUGUUUCGUAUUUGAUGUUCUAAGACUUUGGUGGCUUAUUGCUUAGUUUAGGUAAUGUACAGACGGAUAACUUAGUGAGCAACCUACUGUCAUCUGUCAAGGUUAUUUAGGCAAAUUGAACUUUAUGAUUUUGUAGUUUAGCGUCCCUUUUCGUAUGGCCACAAGUGCGCAUGCCAAGAAAGCAGUCUUGAGUUAGAUUACCAGGACAGAAGUAAUUCCGAUCAGGAAAUCCACCUUUGAGAAACUUGUGCCUGGUGUAUACUAUUCACAAGGAGCUGGGGCACGAGUUUCUAGUGAAAAGAUGAGUAUUUCGGGCUAUUCGUUCAGGGAAUAAAAGGCGUGACGUCAUAUAAUGAUAUCUUGACGUCAUAAUAAUUGACAGAUCAUAGUAGGUAGCUAUAAAAACGUCUGUAUUUCUAUGUAUAUGGCUUGAGGUUCUUGCUGUUACAUGUACGAGGAACAAAUUUAAUUUGUUCGUAACUAUUUAACUAUUUGACGACUUGAUUAUGGUCGCAGAGGCGUUGGAUGUUGGUCGCUUCCAACCUGUCUAUCUGGAAGUCUAGGGGAGGCCUCUGUUCGAUAGACGGCUUGUGGCUGAUAUGAUUAUGAUGAUUAAGAUAUAUAUUUACUAUACUUAUACCCUUAAGCGUGUGACAUAUAAAAGAUAGACACUUAUUGGAAAAAAAACCGGACGUUUAAUGAGCUCGCUUGAGGAGAUUAUUGAAUCAUUAACAAUCUCUUCAUCACCAUCAUCGCCAACGACCCAUGAAGGUAUUGCACCCUCACGGGUCCACGUCCUAGUGGCUGGACUAUGGGUCUCCUCCACAAAAAAAGAGGUUUACUCUAAUCUCCACGCUUGGUAAGCGAGUUGGAGAUCACAGUUAAUAGAUUAUAAUAAAUCUAAUACUGAACCGAUAUUUUAUAUCGAUACUUUCUAAAUCUGUGUCCUCCAUCUUCGCUUUGCCGUCCUGGCAGUAAGCGGGUCGGCGGCCAAACGCAGACUUAUCAACGUUAAAAAAAAUCCUAUCUACCAGAACUUAUUGAUAUAAAUACAAUAUCAUAUUUUCAAUAAAAAGGGAUCAACAAAAUUCAAGUCGCAGAAAUAUUUGUAUACGAUACGACGCAGCAAGAUAACUCGAGUCGGUUACAUAAAUAGGUGAAUGAUAAAUGAUAUAUAAAUAUCAUUAUAUAUAGAAACUAUUACAUAGUAUAUAAUGUGUAGCGUAUCAUUUGAUGUAAGAGGUUUUAAUGCUUGUAAUUACUUACUUUCUGAAAGGAUAAUGAUUAGAUAAUCUCCACGCUUGGCAAGUGGGUUGGAGAUUAAUAUCGAUUAGCUACACUGACUGUGUUUAACAGCCAUAAUCUUCACGCUUGGAGAUUGGAGAUUAUUCUCCAGACUUGGCGGCAGGGCUGGAGAUUGCUGUUGUAAAUUAUUCAGAUCUCUGCUCGGUCUGUCAAAUGUAUAGUCCUUUAUUCGACUCUUAUGUCACCCAGGAGAAUAGGCAGGGUGGUGACAAGUGAUCACUGAAUUACCUUUCAGAAUGUAGGUUCAGUUUUAGUUCAUGUGGACCAUUAUGAAUUACCUUUUUAAUUAAAUAAAUGUAUAAAAUAGUUCAUAGUUACAGUUAUACGCCAUUCCAUAUUAUUAAAAUAGUUUUAAAUUAAUUUUUUAAAGUAAGUUUGUAGUAUAAUUUCCUCCGAUACAAAACUUGAUUAUUUAUUUAUUAAGCCUAUAUUUAAGCUCCUAUGGAAUCCCAUCGCCAUUCAAAUUUCAACCCUAACCACAUGGACUAAGACUCGAAAUUGUGAUUAAGUUAAGGCCCGUAGAAUAGCCUAACAAAUUGUGGUUAUAAAACCUAUGUUGAUAGUGUUCUUUUUUAUAAAUUAAAUUGAUAAUGACCCUCUACGGCCCCUUGUUAUUUAUAUGUGGUAUUUUAAUUAAAUAUAGGAAUUUAUAUAUAGGAAUUGUAUAUAAGGUGAUAUUUAAUUUGUAGAAGAAUAAGCACGCGAUUGUACAAAUGUUAAGAUGUAACUUUCCAAACAAAAUUAUGUUCUAAACUCAUUUAUUUCACAUUUAUCAUAAACUGUGGGAUAAAUAGUAUCCUAUCACCCAAGUCAGCUCAUACCCUGUCUGUAUACCAAAUUUCAUCGAAAUCCGUUUUUUAGUUUCAGCGUGAAUGAGACAAACAUCCAAACAAACAAACUUUCACAUUUUAUUACCAUUAGUAAUAUUACGUGCUUAGCUGUCUUUCAAUAAUUAAAUGUCACCAUAUAUAAUGAAAACUAUUCACUAAUUUUACUUGUAUAAUACUAUUUAUGGUUGGUUCUAAGUAGUGUGAGUCUAUCAUCUGUAUUCUGUUAAAUUUGUACAUACAAAAAUAGCUCUAAAGAGCGUUUUAUUGUGUAUAGUUAUCUAACUAUACAUCUUCGUCUGUGGUGCGAUGAGAAUAAGGUUUGAAAUUGCUUGACUUGUGACCUUAAAUGUCGAAUGCGUAUAAAUACUUGUUUGACUUCAUAUUUGUAUGAAUAUAGUAAGUUUUUGAUUUACUGUGUCUUGUCUAUGUGUGGUAGACUAAAUUAAGCUCUUUUACGGUGUGUCAGAGUUCAAAAUGGAAGCACUUAUUGUUAAGCAAGCAAUUGUGUGACGGUUUGUAAAAUCUUGUGUUGUUACAUUGGUAAUAGUUAUCCAAUUGGCCUGAUGACUUAGUAGUUUGUUUUACGUUUAACAAGAUCGAAACGAGAGCGCGUUCAGCGCUCUGAUUGGUUGGGUCAUACGCGCGAGCCUAUCAGAGCGCCGAACGCGCUCUCGUUUCGUUUUCGAUCAACGUAAAGCAAACUCAUGAAUCAGAGCGCCAAACGCGCAUUAUUUCAAGUAAUAGGUAUAUAUAAUAUCGUAGAUUAUUGUAAACUUAUUAUUUUUAUAUUUCUGAAGAUAAUAUCAGUUUUCUUUUCUAACGACUUAUUUAUCUAGCACUUUCACCCCUUUCCUGGGCCUUUAUUUAACUAGAUAUACCUACUCCUAUUUGUUUUAAAUAUCUUCAUGUACCAGUAAUAUUAUAUAUAAACAAUCUUUAUUUUGUGACAGAAGUAUGAAAGUGUUCUGAGACAAACAACUCUUCUCACAAAGAGAAGAAAUUGAAUUGAUAGCCUAAAACAUUGGUCAUUGGAUAAAUUAUUACCAAUUAUAGACUAUUUAGUAUUGUGGCUUUAAUGACACAACUACAGACGAUACUUAGAUAAAAUCACAAUUUUUAUGUUUUUUUUACGUAAAUGACGAGUCAUGUGUAGAUUUUAAUUAUUUUAUUUUUAUGUCCAAACAGUUUUAUUCUUUUUUUCUCUUUGUAAGAACAAAAUUUUAGUUUGUGUUUUAAUUUGGUUUUUAUCUAAAAUAUUAAUAUGAGUGAUGAUUUUAUCAUGAUUUUAAUUAAAUAUGUCUUUUAACUCAAGGUUUGUGUAGGUUGAUGACUUGUGAACGGACGUAUCCGUAUGAUAUAACUUGUAUAGUUGGGCAUUUAUUUAAUAUUUAUUAUUAUGUCAUAGUAUAGGAUAUAUUUUCAUAAUUUUAAUGUUAAUUGUUGUAUUUAGCGCUUCAGUUACAUCAUUAAAAGGUAUCCUGAAAGUCUCUGAUGUUGAUUCCGACAGAAAUCGGUUGAAUUUUGAACUUUAUUGUAAAAGAAUAAGGUUGGAAAUGUACUAAAUAAAUUCAAAACUACGAACGAACGACUGAAUUUUGUCGUUUAUAUCGGUUUCGAAAGAAUUUCGGGUUUAAUAAAUUAAACCUAAUUUUCUUUUUCAUCCAAUAACUACAAUCUUCCUUUAAAUGCUAUGCGUUCGACAUAUUUUAGAUGAAUUUUCAAAGCUUGCAACACUAACUACUAGUUUGUAGUAUAUUCUGCAACUGGUCUUAAGCAGCUAGUUAAAUAAAAAAUUUUGAAAAUGAGCUUAGAAAGAACUAAGCCCAUCGUGAUCCACUGAGCUUCACUUAUCCCCCUUCCUUUUUACUUAAAUAAGGUAAAUAAAAUACUUACUACAAACUUAAAUCGUCUCAGCUUACAUAAAAAAUGAACGUUUUUGAUUUUUGCCAUCACUACGUGGCGCUAGUGUCGCCUAGGAUCCUGUCAACCUAAUAAUGAUAAUGUUUAACUGUCAUAAGUUUUGACUAAUGACAAUGUGUUUUUAAGACCGGCAACGCAUUUGUAACACCUUUAGUGUUGCGGGUGUUUAAGAGCGACGUUGAUUGCUUACCAUCAGGUGAUCCGUCUGCUCGUUUGCACCCUAUUCGGUAAAAAAUCACCUUAGGUGGCAUUCGCGACUCUAUUAGUAAAGAAAAAUAGGUUCAUUUUGGUCUACACUUUGUUUAUCACAUAGAUAAAUAAUCACAAUGAAAUAGACUGUACGUAAUCGCCCCCCAUUCUCACCAAUAUCUUAGUGUUCAAUUGAAGCAUUUUGUCAUUUUUAUACGAAACGAAAUUAUUUUUGUUUGUGUGUUCUCUUGCAUCUGUAGGACUUUUGCAUACUAUUAGUAGAUAGAUGUACCUAUGAUAGAUAGAUUUUAAAUGCAUUAUUAUAGUCUGAAUAAAAUUCAUAAAAAAUCUUUUAUAGUUAGAGUGGUAUGAUGAACAGAGACAGAGAUACAAUCGAAAGUCAAAUUUAUUUAUUUCAAAUAGACCAGGAAGGCACUUUUAAACGUCAAGGCAAAUAUAAUAAUAAUACUAACGUCUGUCUGUCAGUCAGUCCUCUAGUGAAGCUAUUUGCUCGUUCCAAAGUGUAGAUUCCUAUGGAGAAGAACGAGCAAGAAACUCCAUAGGUUAUUAUUAAUCCGUAUCUCUGUCUCUCUUCUUUAACGAUCAUUCCUACUACAACUGUGUACAUCUGAUUUAGACUAUAGUUGGGCCAUUACAAAAUGUACGAACUGUCAUAAGUAAUUUUUAUCAGUUCUCUCGCUCACACUUAUGCGAGUUGUACGGGAUAGUCAAAUUCUUUAGACUUUUAACGUGACAUUUAGCACGUUUGUAAUGGCCCACCUAUAAGUACCUAAGUAAUUGGCGAUAGUGAGACACAGGUCCUAUUAGUCGUCAAUAUCUUGCUGUAAUUUUUUUUUCUUUAUCUGUCAUUACCUUGACAGUCUAAUGACAUUGACAUUAACACAUAUUCCAUUAAAGAAGGAUGCCAGAGUUUCUAUGGAAUCUGGUCCCACUUCCAAUAGCUAUGUUAAUAAACUAUAACUCUGAACGGACUAAGAUUGGGAACUUGGCGCCAUAGUAACUUUUAUUUAGCUCAAAAUUACCUAUCCAUGAUGUAACAUACAUAGCUAUUGGAAGGUGGGACCAGGAUUUGCAUCAACCUUUGUCAAUAGACGUUGUGCAUAAAUACAUGUUUUACAGAUUCUAAAAAGUCCUAUAGAUGCAUUGUAUAUUUAGCGAAAGAAUUUAUAAUAGCAUAGAAUAUAAAUAUCAAAAUGUUAUCACAUAAUUUUCGUGUAACUUAAGUGUAAUGUAUAAAAUGCACAGAUAAAAAAUUGAUAUUAGAUUAAUGUUGCAAACAAAAAAAUACCUAAAUUUGAAUUCGUACGAAGUCUUAGCAUUAAGUUAUAGAGUAUAUUGUAAAAUUUACUAUGACUAUUAUUAUUAAAUAAUUGGAAUUAUA